AUGCUGGAAUGUCAGGACAGUGGGGCCAAGGUGGCCCCCAUCCAUCAUAAAAUCUCCUUCUCCAUCUUAGACAUCCUGGAUCCCCAGAAAUUUACCAGGAAAAGCAACCCGGCUGCACAGAGCCGGGGCAGCAUCUCGCAUUCAGGAGAGCCAGAGAAAAGUUUUGGCAGAGUUGAAGUAGAAAAGGAUACCGCGAAUCAAAGGAGCAGCAGGGAUACACUAGAGGCAUAUGAUGCCAACUCCAAGGGAGAGAGCGAGGCGGCGUCCACCCUGGAGGGCUUCGCGUGCGAGGAGGAGGAGCCAGAGCCGGCCCCGGGACCAGACCGGAGCCAGCCCGCAGCAGCCCCACCGCGCUUGCACGACUUCCCCGGCUCGCAGGAUCCGGAGGAGAGAGACAAUCCCGGCUCCCCGCGAGCCUGCAAGCGGCGCCGCGCCGAGCCGAGCUGCGCCAAGCCCCGGCGGGCCCGGACGGCCUUCACGUACGAGCAGCUGGUGGCCCUGGAGAACAAGUUCAGGGCCACCCGCUACCUGUCGGUGUGCGAGCGCCUCAACCUGGCGCUGUCGCUCAGCCUGACCGAGACCCAGGUCAAAAUCUGGUUCCAGAACAGACGGACCAAGUGGAAGAAGCAGAACCCCGGGGCGGACGGGGCGGUGCCGCCGGCAGCCAGCGCCGCGGCGCCCCCAUGCGGAGCAAGCGGCGGCAGCCCCAGCCCGCCGGGCCCCAGCGCCCUGGCCUUCCAGACUUUCCCCUCCUACCCCGCCGCCAAUGUCCUCUUCCCAGCGGCUGCUCCCCUGCCCCUGGCCGCGGCGCCCUUCCUCAGCCCGGCCUACCUGGCCCCCUUCUACACCCCGCACCUCUAAAGAGCCCGCCCGACAAGUUCCAGCCUUCCCCAGCCUCCGCGGCCCUGGGCUGGGGGCUCAGCACGUGGGUGUGCCAGGGGCGUUCACAACCCCCGCGAUCCCCUCCCCUCCCGGGGGGAUCUCAGCCCCUUAGCCAGCACCCCGCCCCGUGAACACCCGCCGCAGGAACAGACAGCGCCUUUGCCAUCGCAGGGAGUGUCCCUCCCGCCCCUUAGCCGGCUCCCCCUUUCCCACGGCUGGAAGGAAUGGCAGAGGGACGCAGGGCGACUGGCAGAGCACCCGCGCUCUGUUGGUGGAGGUCCAGUGGUUGCUGUCUAUGGGAACGUGCAGUCAGAAGCUAGGGGAGACUGCCCGUAUGCAACACGGACUUUGGAAACUGGAGAACUUUAAUAGAACGUGCAUUGCACUACGCUCAGGUUUGCCAUCUUCCCACGUGUUUGGUAUGUUAAAGCAUCCUUCUCCAGCAUAGUUUACGCCCGAUCUUGGUCCCACCACGACGAAUGGGAGUUUUGCAACUGGCUUCCGUGGGAGCCAGGGUCGGGCUGCUCCCGUUAAUCCCUUUAAAUUGAUGGAUAUCUAUGAGCAGAGCAGCCGCGCUUCUGUAAAGGCAUAUUUGAGUUCAAGUGUAGUUUGUGGCAUGUAAUGAUUGAUUUCUUAGAUUAUACUCCACACUUGUGCUGCGCUAUAUCUUUGGAUAAACAAGAAUAAAGGUCCUAAUAUACAUAGAUAAACGAUUGUGACAAACCAAACAGGUGGAACGUUCAGAUGCAGACAUUAAGUGGUCCAAAUAUUUAUACAUACAUAUAUCAUUAAAUAUUUUUCCUCAUUAGGCUCCAGAGUUCAAAUGUACAUUGGUUGCAUGGUAAUUUAAAGUGUAAGAAGUUGAUUUUUUUUCUAGUCUUGACAGAAGCAUGUUUUCUUGGGGGUGGGGGUAACCAUUGGAUUUUAUUAGCAUAUUUGAGAUGUAAUCAUAGGCAUAAGAGAUGGAAAAGAUAACCCUCUUUAUAUUUACUGUACCUAACACUAAUUCUCGCAGGUUUCUCUCCUGAAGUUUCCUUUAAAAACAUUUCUCUUUGUAAGUUGGCUUGGCAGGGCAUACCCCAUAACCUGAAAACUCAGAAACUUUGCCACUAGUUACUGUUGCUUUUAUAUGAAUGAGCCUGAUAAGAACUAAAGAUGCCCCUAUGCCCCACUUUUAUCUCUGGAGAUCAGUUACCUGUUUCAGGUGGGUAAUACAACCUUAUAAAGGGCCAAUUGCUGUAACCUUUAAAAUCAUGUUAGAAAUCCUAUUGACUUCAAGGGUGCUGCACUGGGCUUGAAAAUUGAAAGCCAGGUGUCUGACAUCCCAAGAAAUUAAUGAAGAGAGUUUGCUAGUGGGAAUAGAAAAGUACUACUGCUUACUGCUGCUUGAAACCUUAGUUCUGUAAUUGUGAGGCAGGGUGUGGGAAACCAGGCUGACACAUGAGGAAGUCUCCAAUUAUUGGGGAUAUACCUGCUACCUCUCUACCUUUCAUUUCCACUGACUUCGGUGGGCUUUGGAUCAGGCUUUAGAUCAAAAGAGCUUUUUUCUGCAAUUAUUAUUUUAAUAACACAUAAUUAAUGCCAAAUGAGGUAGAAACCAUACAUCAGAGAAAAGUAUUACAUUCUUAUUUUUAAAAGGGGUGGUUGUGGUAGAAAAUAUUUAAAGUGCAGAGCUUCCAGUAUGUAGUGCACUCUUUUCCAUAACAGAGGAAUCUGAUUUUUUUAAAGGAUUUGUGAGGAAAAUCACGUCAUCUUCAUCAUUACAAGCACCACAACGAAAAAAGAAUUUUAGCUGGGGGCUUAUCCAUCCCUGAACUGCCAGGAAGUAAUUGGUUCACAAAAAUCUGUCUCAUGCAGUUUGCACAAAUUACUGCAACAUGUUGUUCAAGAACGUAUCUCUUCAGUGUCAUGAUGCUUAAAGUGCACAUUGGCUUUCCAACCAAAAAGAUAGCUGGUGAGUCCUAUCUAUCUAUAGGUGUGUUUGUCUAA